AUGUCGUCCCUCGAGGAUGCAGAGUCGUUGACUCUCUCCGGUACCGAUUCGAGUAACCCGUCUUCGUCAUCGGCCGCUCCCUCGUCAACCGUAUCUCUUUCCAACCAGACACCGACCCCGACAUCUCCAGUCCUGGCGCCCUCGCCAACCGACGAUGACCUCGACCAUUACCAGACAUUUCCUCCAAUGACUACUCCCUGGACCGUGCCAGACCGCUGUACAUGGACCUAUAAUGCGGAGAGAGUGCCAGAGCCUGGCGCCACAGGUCCGGUCGCAUGGCUCGACCUGAAACCUAUCCCUGGGGCAAAAUCACUAUCCUGUUACCCUGACGGCAUGUUCGCGGAUGAUAAUCGCACUGGUGUUUUCAGUCCAGCUACAUGUCCUUAUGGGUGGACGACGGCAGAGCUACGCAUAGAUACCGAUGAGGCCCAUGACGAUGCAACCACUACAGCUGUUUGUUGUUCAUCGGCAUAUUCCCUGGAUGGCAACUUGUGCAAGCGAUUAGUGCCCACGGUGGUGGCGGUUCCCAUCACAUACAACCACACUGCACGUUCAUACGACGUUCUAUCCGAUUCAACAACCACGCUAUACAGCGCAACAAUCGCUGUCUACACAAUUCGAGCCCUUUUCAAAGACGGAGACAAAGAUGCACUGGGACUUAAAGACGAGGAUGACAUUGGCCCUCAUCGGCCAUCCAAGACCUUGUCUCUGGCUGCACGCAUUGGUAUUGGAGUUGGUGUCGCGGUGUUUGUGCUACUUGUUAUUGGAGCGAUCACCUACUUCCUCGUCCGCAGAGACCGGGUUCGAUCAGAGAAGAAGCGGGCACACGAGCUCGACGUUAUGCGUGCCAGACAUGGCACUGGCGGAUUGGGAGACGAUUUCUAUGCUGCGGCCAACGGAAACCACAGGAGAGACAGGAACCGCCACGGAGAGCCACCCCCUGCAUACGAGGCUGCGACAGAUUCGACCAGCGUGACGGACAAUGACAGUCGCCUGAGCGAUGAUUUGGCGACGAGGGAUGAGGAGCUCAGGGUAUUGCAAGUCCAGAAGGCGGCGAUCCAGCGCCGCAUCGAAGAGCUGGAGCGGAGCGAGUCGAAUCAGGACCAGAACCAGAACCAGGAUCAGAACCGACAGCACUGA